AUGUACCUACCCAACACCGAGGAUCAUCUGGCGUUUACGAUAGCAAUGCAACAAUGCUACUAUCCCAUAUGUGGCGUCCUGAUCUUUUUGACACUCCUCGUCAACCUCUACACCGCCUACAAGCUAUUCACCCACACCAAAGCUCUGACUAAACGAGAGCUACGUUUCCAUAUCACGACGCUCGCGCAGUUUGCAGCGCAAAUGGUCAACACCAUCGAGCUGCUAGUUGUGAACGCCCUGCGUGUCGAUGAUAGUUACAUCGUCUUCCGCAUGCAACCUACCAUUGCUGAUAUUACCAACCUUUUGCCAUUAUGGGUUCUGCUGCUCCUCUCCGAAGAAACACGCAUAAUGGUCACCGGCAAAAGCAGUGUUCCGAAAGCUGUAGCUGUGGUGUCUGUGGCCGAAAAUCCCCUCAAAGCA